AUGAUGCAAGAGGCGUCCGGACCUGACGAUCCAGUAUUGCUACAAUCGCGCAGCUUGGCAGAAGCUGCGCGGGAGAUUGCCCCGAAAGCAGCCGCGCAGCAGCUAAAGCUGCUUGAUACUGUAGAGCUAGCACAUGAGCUUGGAUCCAAUGUUCUACCUGUUUCCAUCAAAUUUGCUGACCCAUACGAGUUUUUGAAGGAGAUUGUGAAAAUGAGUGGCAAUUACAAGCAGGGCGAGAAAUGCGCAAAACUUGCAGUACUUCUUGGUGUAGACACGCCUGUGGCCACUGCGCUUUCUUUAUGUGCAUUGUCAGCUCUAGUCGAGCACGAUGAACGUUACUUGAAGAAAUACAUCCACAAAGUCAUAGAAAAGGGUCGCGAUUUGCCCGUGGUCCAUGAGCUUUGUAUGCGCAUCAUGGAUUCUCCUUACAUUCCCGGGGUCAUGGACGAUAUUUAUGCAUGCGCUCUUUUGAAUGCACCGCAGGAUAAACUUUUGGAAACUUUGGAUCUGAUUCAAAACCAUCGGGCAGCUAGGAAACACCAUGAUUACGAGAAGCCGGAAAUUAAUGACAAACUAGUGAUCGACGCAAUGUAUGCGAGGCCAAGAACUAGCCAGUACAUCUUGCGGCCGGAGAAGAAGGCUUGUCGAAUCCUCAAUGAAUGCUCGGGUAUUCCGACUAAUGAGUUGGCCGCUAUCUUGACAAACAUCAGUGCGCCGUUGGCCCUAUGCACAGUUAUGACUGAAAAUGAAUGCCCACAGUGGACGAAAAACGAUUUUUUGCUCAAAUAUGAGCAGGCCCUCCGCUUCCUCGAACCACAGUUGAAUGAAAAUCUCAUAGAACAUGUACCUCCUUCCGUUUUGAUCUCCCAGACAUCCAUGUCAGAUGCAAAUGUCACGAUCUUAGAUAGGAUAUCCAAUUACGGUUGUGAUCGUGAGCGUUUUGUUGAAGACUCAGAGUAUCGGACAGAAACCAUCAUAGGAUUGGCAAUGUCAGAUGAUGAAAUGAUGUAUGCGGACGCGCUUCAGCUCGCAGCAGAUUUCAAAAUGAAUGACUGGCCAAUACAUUUUGCUUCCCUGGAAAAUGCGCUGACAUCGUAAGU